AUGGCGGUGGCAGGAGCCGGCGCACCUUAUCACUACCGCCCGCACGGUCACGUCGCCGGCGUCUGCCGCUCGAUGGCCUUUCCGGCGCCGCGGGGUGGCGCAGCCAGCUCACUACCAGCAGAAAACAACCGCCCGUACAGCUCUGGCUCCACAGCCAGCUCUUUCUCUCCGGCCUUCGCGGCGGCGGCAAGCGGGGUGCUGCGGCAGGAACUCGACGUCUUGGACUACUUGUCGGACGACGGCGGAGGCGGGCCGGCGCUGGCGCCGACCGUGCCCGAAACGUUCCGGGCGCCGCCGCUGCCUCCGCGGAUGCCGGCCGAGGCGACACCGGCCGUGCCGGAUGCUGGCUACGGUGCUCAUCCGAGGCCUGCGGCGCCCUCCGCGGCGACGGCCGGGAACAAGAUCGCGUUCCGGACGAGGUCGGAGGAGGAGGUGCUCGACGACGGCUACAAGUGGAGGAAGUACGGCAGGAAGUCUGUCAAGAACAGCCCUAACCCAAGGAACUACUACCGAUGUUCGACGGAGGGAUGCAGCGUGAAGAAGAGGGUAGAGAGAGACAGAGACGACACGAACUAUGUCGUGACAAUGUACGAGGGGGUUCACAACCACGCGAGCCCGGGCACAGUUUACUAUGCUUCUCGAGAUCCUGCUACAGGUCGCUUCUUCGUCGCUGGCAUGCAUAGCCAAGGUCCUGGAUGAAACAUGUACCGGCCGUAGUGAUGUUAGUGUGCUAUUAGGCCUUCUAGAAUGAAAUGUAUAUCCAUG